CCGCUCUCUGAGCCGCCCCUUGCUCUGAUCGGGAAGGCAGCGUCCGGCAUUCAUGUGAAUCUUCAAGUGCAAAGGACAGCUGAGAUGAGACAACACCUGUUUCUUGCUGCAUUUCGUUCACUGCUGUUCCUGUUUUUCAUUCUCAAAAUAGUUGCAGACCUAAAUUCAGACCAACAAGCACUCCUCAACUUUGCUGCCAGAGUUCCUCAUGGCAGGAAACUCAACUGGAACCUCAUUAAUCCACUCUGCACUACUUGGGUUGGAGUAAGUUGCAACCAUAAUGGAUCCCGUGUGGUUGCUGUUCAUCUUCCUGCUAUUGGAUUGCUUGGUCCAAUUCCAAAUAACACCCUUGGGAAGCUGGAUGCCCUCAUGAUCCUCAGCCUCCGAUCCAAUAACCUCAAUGGGAGCCUUCCCUCUGAUUUACUCUCCCUUCCUUCCCUUGGUUACUUAUACCUUCAGCAUAACAAAUUUUCAGGGAACAUACCUUCAUUUCUCUCCACCCAGCUGACUUUUCUCGACUUAUCCUUCAACUUUUUCACAGGCAGUAUUCCAAGUUCAGUCCAAAAUCAGACACACCUCACUGGUUUGAACCUCCAGAACAACUCCUUGACCGGACUUAUCCCCAAUCUUAACCUUACAAGACUCAACUAUUUGAAUUUGAGCAACAACAACCUAAAUGGAUCGAUACCACCUGCCUUGCAGAAGUUCCCUGCUUCUGCUUUUGUAGGGAACGCUAUGUUAUGUGGGAAACCGCUUAAUCUGUGUCCAACAACUGCCCCUACACCUUCUUCUUUCCCUAGUUUUUUACCACCUCCACCUGAAGGAACUCAAAGAAUGGGCUCCAAGAAGAAAUUAAGUCGAGGGGGUAUCAUUGCCCUUGCAGCAAUUGGGGGUUCUGCUCUGCUCUUCUUCCUCCUUAUGUUCGUGUUUUGCUGUUUGAAGAAAAAAGAUAGUGAGCGUAGUAUUGCAGCAAAAGGAAAAGGCGUAAGGAGUGAAAAGCCUAGUGAGGAUUUUGGAAGUGGGGUGCAAGAGGCUGAGAGGAACAAGUUGGUUUUCUUUGAAGGAUGUUCCUAUAAUUUUGAUCUUGAGGAUUUGUUGAGGGCUUCAGCUGAAGUAUUGGGAAAGGGGAGUUAUGGAACAACCUAUAAGGCCAUCUUGGAGGAGGGAACAACAGUGGUUGUGAAGAGAUUGAAAGAAUUGGUGGCAGGGAAAAGAGAUUUUGAACAUCAAAUGGAAAUUGUGGGAAGGCUUGGUCAGCACCCAAAUCUUGUGCCUCUACGUGCCUACUACUUUUCCAAGGAUGAGAAGCUCCUUGUUUACGACUACAUGGUAUCAGGCAGCUUCUCUGCAUUGUUACAUGCAAGCAAGACAGGUGGGCGUGCUCCACUAGAUUGGGAUACUCGAGUAAAGAUUUGUCUUGGAGCAGCAAAAGGCAUUGCUCACAUGCAUUCCACAGAUGGUGGAAAAUUCAUCCACGGCAACAUCAGAUCCUCUAAUGUUCUCCUCACACAAGACCUCAAUGGCUGCAUUUCUGAUUUUGGCUUGGCAACUCUAAUGAAUUACCCCGCUGUCCCGUCAAGAAGUGCAGGUUACCGGGCUCCUGAAUUGAUUGAAACUCGGAAAUUUACUCAAAAGUCUGAUGUGUACAGCUUUGGCGUUGUUCUCCUGGAGAUGCUAACAGGCAAAGCACCGGUUCAAACACCAGGACAGGAAGAAGUGGUCGACUUACCAAGGUGGGUUCAGUCUGUUGUUCGCGAGGAAUGGACUGCCGAGGUGUUUGAUGUGGAACUAAUGAAAUAUCCAAACAUUGAAGAAGAGAUGGUGCAGACGCUUCAGAUAGCAAUGACAUGUGUGUCUAGGGUCCCAGAUACGCGACCCACGAUGGAGGAGGUGGUUCGGAUGAUUGAGGAAAUCCGGCCACUGGAUCCUGAAAACCGGCCAUCCUCCGAGGAGAAGAGCUCAAAUACCCAAACCCCAUAACCCAUUCAACCAUAAUAUCCAUGUUUAUAAGUUCCUGCAUAAGGCUACGGAGUCCUGUUUGACUCGAGCCAUUCAGAGUCUGAAGAUUUAAAAAUUGCAUCCGGAGAGGCACCUCUAACAAAAGGAUUCAUGGGCAUCUUGCCGACAUUUUCUAACAGUUUGUAAAAUGUGUUGAUGUGAUUCUUUUAGGAUUUUAGGAUAAGGGAUUUCAUCUCAGCUGUCUUCUGUAAGGAUUGUUGUAAAAAAUGACUUCACUUGAGGAAAAUAAGAACAAAAAAUUAUU